GAUGAAAAUGGAGUGCGAAAUAAACACAGAAGACGAGAGAAGCUAUAUAUAAAAACAUCUUUCAUUUGAUCUCUCAAUUAUCAAACUGAUAGAGAAAGAGAAAGAGCAGGGUCCGACCCGAGAGAGAGACCCUCAUCUUUCGCCGCACAGAAAGAAAGUAGUUAAAGCGAGCAACACACAGAGAGAAAGAAAGAUAGAUAUCUUUGGCGUCAAACGCUCUCAGAAUCUUCUUCUGCAGUUUUCCAUUUUACUGCGCACUCCACUUUCGAUUCUGUGAAAUUCCGGACUGGACGCUUUGAAUUGUUGAUUCUGGAGAAAUCCAACACGAAUUCGUAGGAAAUUCACUGCGAAAAUUCGCUGAAAACUGUACGAAUGCGUCUCCGAUCUUCAAUUGGCUGACGGCGUAAUCUUCUUCUGAAGGAGAGAUUGAGAAACUAGAUUUACAGUUUCUAUAUAAUUUGGAUCUGAGAAUUUCGUAUCCGCGAGAGACUGAUCAAAGCUGCAAGUUGCUAAAACCUGAGUUGGCUUCCGAAUUGGAAGGGAAUUCAGUUUUACAGCGCGGUGGUACGGUAGAAUUGAAUUCUCUGAGAUUUCAACUUUGGGAGGACCGAAAUUCAAAAUUCCGUUGAAAUUCGUACUGGAAACAGAAGAGGUUAAUUUCCAGGUUUAGAUGGAGCUUUCUCAAGCGCGUGCGUAUGGAACCGAAGGAAACAAAGCCACGCAUGACUUUCUGUCGCUGUGCAGUAAUUCAAGUGGGCAACAAGAUCCAAUACCAGCAUCUCAAGGAAGUUACCUCAAGACCCAUGAUUUCUUGCAGCCACUAGAACGGGAUGCCAAGGAAGAAGCCACAGAUGAGAUAUCAUCGGCGGCGGUGGUUCAAAAUGCACCACCUUUAGCAACACCAGGUUCAGUUGAGCACCUCUUACCUGGAGGAAUUGGAACUUACAGUAUUAGCCACAUUUCCUACUUAAAUAAUAGUCAAAGAAUUCCAAAGCCAGAGGCAUCCAAUUUCACUGUGCGUCAAGCAGCUACUACUGACUUAAAUGAUGACAAUUCGAACAGCAGUUCAUAUACUUCAAGCGGUUUCACUUUGUGGGAAGAGUCUGCGAUUAAAAAGGGAAAGACAGGAAAGGAGAAUAACAAGGGCGAGAAACCCAGUGUAGGAGAGUCUGCGGCAAAGCCAGGGCAGUGGACGUUGACCGAGCGAACGCCACAGUUGUUUUCCAACAAUCGUCACGGCAGCUUCAACUCUCGCUCUUCAUCCCAGACAACUGGACAGAAGAACCAGAGUUUCAUUGAAAUGAUGAAGUCUGCAAAUUGUGCUGAGGAUGAAGAGCUAGAGAAUGAAGAGCCUUUUUUUCUGAAGAAAGAAUCCCCGAAUACCCCAAGAGAAGAGCUGAGGGUGAAAGUGGAUGCGAAGGCCAGUGAUCAAAAGCCAAACACACCAAGAUCAAAACAUUCUGCGACAGAGCAGCGGAGAAGAAGCAAAAUUAAUGACAGAUUCCAGAUGCUACGACAGCUUAUUCCACACAGUGACCAAAAGAGGGAUAAAGCAUCUUUCUUGUUAGAGGUCAUUGAGUAUAUUCAUUUUUUACAAGAGAAGGUGCAUAAGUAUGAAGGUUCCUUCCAAGGGUGGAAUAACGAGCCAGAGAAAUUGAUGCCAUGGCAGAGAAAUAAUGACAAGCCAGCAGAAAGUUUUCAACCUCGUGGCACAAAUAGUGGGUCAAGUUCAUCUCCAACAUUGCUGUUUCCUUCGAAGGCUGACGAGAAAAAUAUCAACAUUUCCCCAACAAUUCCUGGGAGUACCCAGAAUCUAGAAUCUGGCUUGAACACAGGCACAGCAACUACCUUGAAGAAAAUGGAUCAUCAGUCUGGAACUCUGAACAAGGCUUUUUCAGCUCCUUUUUCUCCGCCGCCAAAUUUCUUCCCUCCAACCCAAAUCAGCGGUCCAGGUGGAGUAGUAUCUCAACUCACACAUAGGUUGGCAUCUGAUGCAGAGAACACCGUACAUAUACCUUCAGUGGAAUCUCAAACAAUGAAUGCUACCAGUGAAAAGCUGAAAGAGAAAGGGCUCACUAUUGAAGGUGGUGCCAUUAGCAUAUCAAGUGUGUACUCAAAAGGGUUGUUGGAUACACUUACACAAGCCUUGCAGAGUUCGGGUGUGGAUUUGUCACAAGCUAGCAUUUCAGUGCAAAUUGAACUUGGAAAGCAAACAAGCACCAGGCCAACUGUACCAAAGUCAAUGUUUGGUGCUAAGGAUGAGGAAGUUCCUUCUAACAAUCAAAGGAUGAUUCGCUCAAGAGUUGCUAGCUCUGACAAGUCUGAUCAACCAGUAAAGAAGCUAAAGUCGUGCAGAAGUUAAUCCAACAGUUAUAUUCAUUCUUUCCUCAUGAUAGUUUUUAUCAAUUAUUUGAGGGUAACUUAUUCUAAAUUAUUUUUGGAAGGGGUAUUUUUGCCUUCUGCUGGCAUAUAAUCCAGCAAAGGUAAGAUUGACUGUACAUGUAGUGUCUUAGUUUGCUGGGAUCCUUAGGCUCCCCCAGCAAAAUAAUAUGCAUUAUUUUAGAUCCUAAAUUAUAUAAUUAUAGAGGCUUCCAAGCUAAUUGAGAAGCUGUUUUAUUUA